GUGCCCGGCGGCCUGUCAUCGUGUCUUUCCGUUUGGCCGAACGUGUCCGGCCUGUGGUGGUGUCAUUUUCGCCAUGGCCGACACCAACAGGGAAGACACGACAAGGUGCCAAAUAAAUAAUUCUUCUCUUCUGGAAAAUUAACCAAAGUUCGCGCCUAGCCUAUAAAACAACUCUUGCUCCCGUUGCCAGCCAUCCCAUCGCAUUCCCCCGCUUGGAUUCUGGAGUUUGGAGACUGUUGCUCGAACGACCUCCGGCCGUAGUCCUAAGAGCAGAGUCGACGCACCGCCGGGAAAUGCCGACGACCACCGUGGAGGACUUGCCUGCCGACGUGCUGGCCUACGCGCUGCGCCGACUGGACGGCCCGUCCCUGGCCGCCGCGAGCUGCGCCACGGCAGGCCUCCGCGCCCUCGCCGCCGACCCGGAGACGUGGCGCGCGCUCUGCCUCGCGCGGUGGCCGUCGCUGGGCCUGGAGACCUCGCUGGAACGCAGCGUCCUUGCCUCCUCCGCCGCCGUCUCUCCGCAGCGCCUCUUCGCCGACGCCUUCCCCUUCCCGUCCACUUCCACUUCCACGGAUGCCGCCGCAGCCGAGCAGCGUCUCCCCGGCGAGCUGGUCUCCGCCGUGGACAUCUACCAGAAUGGCGCGUCCCGGCCCCUCUUCUCCCGGGUGGUGGAGACCUCGACGUUGUCCUCGUGGUUCCUGAGCUCGCCCUUCCGAGUGGACGCCGUCGAGUGCAAGGACCCGCCGGUACGGACGGCCGAGGACUCGGCAUCCUUCUCUCCGGCGGAGCUGGAGCUGAGCUGGAUCGUGGUCGACCGCCGGAGCGGCCGGGCGGUGAACGUGUCGAGCCGGCGCGCGGUGGCCGUGGACAGGCACUGGUACACGGGCGAGACGCUGGUGCGGUACGCGGUGGUGCUCGGCGGGAGCAAGUUCGAGGCCACGGUCACCUGCUCGGAGGAGGCCGGAUGCCUUAGCCUCAGGGAGGUCAGCCUGACCGUCGAGGACGCCGACGGCGCGGCGGUGAGCGGCGAAGGCAGCCUGCAGCUUUUGGCAGGCGCCAUGGAGGGGCCGAGGAGGAAAGGAGGGGAGAGGGAAAGAGAGGAGGCCAAGAGGAGGUACGAGGAGUUCGUGCGGAGCAAGAGGGGACGGAAGGAGUCCAAGGCGAGGAGGGAGGUGCUCGUCGACCUGUGCUGCUCCGCCGUCAGCGCCGUCGCCGUGCUCAGCUUCCUCGCCUCCGUCGUGCUCCGGUAGAGCCAGGGAAAUAGUGUUGGACCUGGCUAGAUGUCUGUACCUCGUGAAACAUGGGCAACAGUUUUUUCACUAGAACAGAUGAGCCAAAAAGUAGAGAGAUUUGCCUGGUGACACUGGACAAUCCUGUUUUUUUGUACUGUUGCACCUGAAAAUUCAGGCAGUUGAAGGCCGCAUAGUGCUCACAA